AAUCCAGUCACUGCAAACACAAGAAAUAGACAGAACCCAUUAGGGUCUUCAGUUGUAGCGAGGCAAGAUGCAGGCAUCUUGGCUAUUCGUUGUUGACGUUAUUGGUAGCACGUCAGGAUUGCGUCCUUCUGCCCUGGGUCACCACGAUCUCCAACUCUCACACCACAUCACACCGACUAUCUUAUCGUCACUCUACAUUCGCGACAGCUGGGGUCUGUGCGUACACAGUAGCUGGUCUCUGAAAGUACGAAACUCAUCCUUCGAGCAAUACAUCGUAAAACAUCCUACGCCCAAUAACAAACACCCAAUAUACAAAUAUGCUGCAAACUUUGUUUAUAGAUGGCGCGCCGCUGUCCAUUAUGUUGUGUAUUGUGAGCAUAGUCCUUAUAUUUAUGUUGAUGAGACAUGGAACAUCGGGAGCAUUCAAGGACAAAUCAGGUCGUAAAAUGAAACAAGUUCGCGGUGACACUCGAGUCCGCCGGUUCUCCCAUGGGCGGGAGCUCUCGGAUGAAGGCUACGCACUUGGCCAAGGCGAUCCGUACAUCAUUCGAAACGGCGGUCGGAAGGAGGUAGUGCUAUGCAAGCCGCAGCAUCUCCGAGAAUUUUUUACAGUGGAUGGCAAAGAUCAUUGGAAAGCACCGGACGGUAAUAUGGGCUAUUUUUUCCACCGGCUCCUUGGCGAAUGUGUCGGGGCAAACAGCAGACAUGAGUGGAGAAAGAUACGAUCUCUCUUUGACCCAAUCUACUCUUCGAACGCUAUGUCCAAGCUUACACACAUCUUUCGAGGUGAAGUACAGGACUGGCUGGUGUGUCUUUCAAGUCACAGUAGCACCCAAACGCAGCGUCGUGCAUUCUUUACAGUCGACAUGUCCGAGCAGUGCGCGAGACUCCCACUCAAACUGGUUGCCUCGACGUUGUACGGAGAUGCCUUGUCCGAUGAGUCCUUUGCAGAUUUGAUGGAGCUGGCUCGAAUUAGGGAGGAGUUAGGCUCCAAUGCAUUCUUGGGAUUGCAUAUGAUUUCCAAGAUCUACGCACUAUUGCCAACAAGGGCCAAUCGUCAAUUGGAUCGGUAUACGACAGGUUUUCGGGAGCUAAACCUUCAGAUGGUGGCUACUGCUGAGCAGAGAAAUCUUGAAUGCCCUCUCAUGCACAUCCUGCGAGAAAUCCAUGCUACAGGCUGUGUUAGCAUGAAGCAGUUUCUUCACACCAUCGACGAGAUUUUGUUCGAAAAUCUCGAUGUAGCGUCCUCUGCCCUAUCGUAUCUGCUACUGAAUGUUGCUAGUGACGCAACAGCGCAGGACGACUUGCGACGGGAAAUGCAACACGUCAGGGAGCAUGACACUGCUGAGGACGCUUACCUGGCACGGUCAGAUACAUUCCUGGAGCACUGUUGUGCGGAGUCCCGCCGCCUUUGUCCUCCCAUCUGUUUUACAUUUUGCGAACGCUCGCCCUCGGACAAAUUAAUUGGAGGCUUUCUCGUGCCCGCUAACACGGAUGUGACGACAGACUGGAAACGUAUCAGCAUUGAUUCGCCGAUCUGGUCAGUCUCCGUCGAUGGCGGGCACAAAGUUGAUGGGUACGACUUUUACCCCGCCCGGUAUUCACAACUCUCAAAAGGUGACUGCCGAUACAGCCUUGUAGGAUAUGGUGCAGGUGUACGGAAGUGCCUUGGCCAACACUUUGCGAGCCUGCUCAUGAGAAUUGUUCUCCUCGCGGUCGUAUCCAAGUAUCGCAUCUCGACGGAGGUCCGGCCUUGGAGAUUGGGCUUCCGAAGAGACAAGUUCGUCUUGACACCUAGGAGUCACGAGCUAGUGUUUGAGGCAAUCUGAAAAGCCAAGUGGGUUGUCCUGUGCUGCUCAUGCAUGCAUAGCGACUUCGGCUUGUGACGGGGCUGAUCUGCAGUGGCUUAUGCGACGCAUUCAAGUAGCUACCACAGACCGUUUUAAGAAUGGUUUCUAUCUCUAUGAAAACGUCAUAAUGGGACGCUUAUUUGGAAUGGCUUAUUUAUACAACACCCUCCCAUCUUUCGGAACCAUGGGAUGUUCUCGUCUAUAGCUCUUUCGGCUUUCUGGUAACACUGUUUUCUUAUUCUGUAUUUUGCCUUCCUACCUAUUUUAGUUAUCAAUUCAAGUACCUUUGAAGCAUGGCAAGCAUG